AUGACACAACUUCAUCCUUUGGCUAUAGUGAAUAAUAGUAAAAUUUAUGCUUUGCGUCAAAAUGUGUCAUCUACUUGUUCAAACUUAUUUGCAGAAUUUCGAAUUCAAAAUUUAAAGGGACCAAUUGAUGAAGUUGCAUUAAAUGAUGCUAUAUUGGCACCUUGUGAUGCUCGCGAGAAUUUUAAUUUUCGAGUUUCAGAUUAUGAUGGAAUGUCCGCCUCUGUUCGAAUUAGUUAUAAUGGCAUUAAUCAUGAGUACUUGAUUAAACGAUUGUCCUCUUACCCAGGAAUCAAUAAACUUUCCACCAACGGAUUUUCUGAUUGGGUACCUCUUGAUUCUUGUACCGUUAAUAUAUUACACCCUUUUUCUUCUUCCCAUUCUGCUAAAUUUUCAUCUGAGAAUGGUGAACCACCACUUGAGAUUGAAAAAGUUGAUAGAGCCAUAGAUAAUAUGGCAGGUGUUAGAUGUGGUGCCAGACUAAAUUCCAAUCAGUGUUUAGCGUCAUUGUUUCCAGGUUCUGUAGUAACCUCUAGCAAAGAUGGAAACUUUCACAUUGUUUGGUCAAAUUCUAUUAGAAACAUUUCUACUUCUAUACAAUUGUUUAAUUUUAUUAUAAUUGGAAGAACAAAUCGCUUUUUUGAGAAGGCAAAAGAUAGAUUUCUUUUAUUAUCUGUCCAAGUAUUAAAUGCUAUUAGGAGUAUUCCUGUGCUUCAUAAAACAAUUAAAAUAAUUAAAUGUUUCUUUGAAAGUCAUUUGAUAGAUGAGCAACUCAAAGACCUUUUUAAAAAUAUUAAUGAUUUAUUGAUCGAGUUGGAACAAGCGAUUGGAAAGAUUAUUAAUGCCCUCGAUGAGAACCGAUAUGAACAAUUAAAUGGAUAUUUUGUUAAAACAAGUGGAAUACUUCGUGAAAUUUGUCGUUUAAUUGAAAAUGGGAUCAACAAAUUGAAUGCUUUGGCAGAACAGGCCGAAGUGACUCAACAAAGAGCAAAUUUUUUGGACUACGUAAUGAGAGGUGCAAUUCUCGGUGUGGUGUUUUUCAGUGGUAUGACUCUUUCAGCUGGGAUGCCAGGAAUCACACGACAACAAUUAAUCAGGCGAUUAGCUAAUGGAAUAGUUGGAUGCGUUACUUGUAGCAGCGUAUAUGGAUUUUCAUAUUUACUUAGUAACAAAUAUAAGGAAGAUAUCGAUAAAUACAAAAAAGCAAAAGAAGAGUUGAUGAAAAUGGAUGAACUAUUUUCUAAUAUGAAUGAUACUAAUGUUCAUUACCUUCAUUUGGAUGACCAACUUUAUCCGGGUAAAGCUGAAAUUUUUGCUAAUGUUUUCAAAAAAUUUCAAAAUGAGGUUCAGCGAAGCAUGGAUCUAGGUGUAGUUUAA